AUGCCUCCCAAAAGAAAACUAGCCAAGCAGCGUGAGUUUGAAGCUAAUAAGAAAUUCAGGAAUGAAAAAAAGUUGAAACUUGAAACAGCAGAAAAGAUUCAAUCUUUAGCUGAUGAGAUCCAAAGUCAUGCAAGGUAUAAUAACUUUGUUAUCUUGUUGAGUCAGUUUGAAAGAGUGAUUGAUGAAAUAGAAAGCGGAAACGAAAAUGAAACUGGGGCAAAGAUUGAGACUGAUCAAGAGAUUGAAAUGCAAGGUCGGACUAUAGCUCUUGCAUUAUACAAAUGUUUUCAAUUUCUACAUAAGGAAGGGAAAUUACGAAUUCAGAAGCAGCAGAACGAAGGUGAGAAAAUAGUAACUAAAUGGUUACUAGAAAAGUAUCAGAACUUUAAAAACAUUAUUGCUGCUGUAUUGAAGAAAGAUCUCAAGCUUGGUAAAUCACUUGAAUUGGAUUUACUUGAUAUUAUACUAAAAUUUGUCAAACUAGAGGGUCAACAAAACAAAGAUAAACAAUUUCCAAUAGAAACAUAUAAGCUUUUAAUUGAGGCACUAAUGGAUAACAAUAUAACCAAGAUUUUAUCAGAUGGCUUAGCGGACAAUUUUCUAGUUUUGGAGUUUAUCAAUUCUUUUCAAAAGUAUUGGGAUUUACAAUUUUAUUUUUUCAAUAUCACCAGUGAUUUGCUAGGCAAGUGGAAAGAUUCACGAUCGCCUUUGCAGUUGCAGAAAAUUGUAUCUAAUUUUGUAACCAUAAUAAGAAAUGGUUUACUCUUCAAUACUGAUAAUCUUGAACAAGAACCAACUUGGAUCAGCAAAGAAAACUUGUCUUGUACUCUAUACAAGCAUACACAAUUCAAGUCUCAAUUUCAGAAAUGCAUAUCGACUAUUCUAGCGUAUCCUUUGAUAUCGUGUCAGUAUAAGUCAUUGUUAUUGAUACUACACAAGAGAAUCAUACCUUAUUUAUCGCAUCCACAGAGUUUAAUGGAUUUUUUGACUGAUUCCUAUAAUAUUCAACAAGACUUGAUCAUUCCCAUUUUGGCCCUCAAUUCCUUAUAUGAAUUGAUGAAGAACUACAAUGUUGAAUACUCUGAUUUUUACACUAAACUAUACUCCUUAUUGAGGCCAGAGUUGCUAUAUACUAGAUACAGAUCGAGAUUCUUUAGAUUAUGUGAUUUAUUCUUGUCUUCGACACACUUGUCGGCGAAUUUGGUGGCAUCAUUUAUAAAGAAAUUGGCAAAGUUGUCAUUGACAUCGAGUGCUCCCGGUACAGUGCUAAUCAUACCAUUCAUAUACAACUUACUAAAGAGACAUCCAACCUGCAUGAUCAUGAUACAUAAUACAAGCCAAAAGAGGGAUACGGGUGCUUUUCAAGAUCCAUUUAAUAAUCAUGAAAUGAAUCCAAUGAAUACGAAUGCUUUAAACUCGUCACUAUGGGAGUUGGAAACAUUAAUGAGUCAUUAUCACCCAAACAUUGCCACUUUAGCAAAGAUCUUUAGUGAACCAUUUAGAAAACCAAGUUACAAUUUGGAAGAUUUUUUAGAUUGGAGCUAUAAGAGUUUAUUAGAGACUGAAAAAUCUAGAAAAUACAAGAGCCAAAACUCUGCUUUAGAAUAUGAAGAAUUCGAUCUGAUUUUUGAUAACAAGGACAAUAUGACUAAUGUCUUGCUAAAAGGUUGGACAUUGUAA